AUGCCGGCUAUCCUUACAGCUAUCUCAGCGUUGAACCCCGAUUGCCAAUUACUGGGACAGAAUACAACAGAGAUUGUCCGUCCAUACGAGUGGUUAAACUAUCUCUCUGGUACGUUCCACGGACAAGGAUUUGGAGGUCUCUGGAGGCCAGAAAGAUUUGUAAGCGAUGAGUCGUUGUAUCCGGCAGUCCAAGAGAAAGCGAGACAGACCAUCAAAGAUUGUUGCGCGUUUGUAGACGGCAAACUCAGAGACGCCAAGAGCACCAACUCUGUGGGAAAUUCUUUUAAAGGCGUAGAUGCCUUUCUAUUGGUAUUCUAUCUAUGGGGAAUCAGGUUUAACAUCGACAUGGACACUGUUUACCCUUUAUACGCAGCAUUGGCUCAUCGCCUCUUGCAAAGAGAAUCUGUAAUCGAUGCUCGAAAGGUUCAUGUGCGCAUGUGUUAG